GGCUCCUGCGUGACGUCGCAGAGCAUUGUUGGGCGGAGCCGUGUGGAGAGCAUGCGCAGUGCCCCUUGUGUGUGUAAGCGGCGGUUCCGGUGUGUGGGCCGCGCUGCGCUUUAAGCUGCAGCCGCCGCCGCUAUGGUGAAGAAGCGGAAGGGCCGAGUAGUAAUUCACUCGGACACAGAGGACAGCGGCAGCGAUGGGAACCUGGAUCAGGAGCUGCUUUCUCUUGCUAAGCGUCAGAGAAAUAAUUCAGAGGAGAAAGAACAACCUGUGAGCAAACCACCACCACCAGCAGCAGCCGCAGCAGCUACGUCUGAAUCGGAAACCUCAGACAGUGAUGAUGAAUGGACUGUCGGUGGUUCCAAGAAAAGGAAGAAAGGGAAACCUGGUAAAGGGUUGGAAAAGAAAAUGGCCAUGAAGAAGCAAACAAGCAGGGGAGCCUCUUCUGGCAGCUCCGGGAAAGACAGCUCAGGGGAGAGUUCUGCUCCUGAGGAAGGUGAAGUCUCUGACUCUGAAAGUAACAGCUCAUCAUCCAGCUCGGAAUCUGAGACCUCAUCGGAUGAUGAGGAGUUUUGUGAUGGAUAUGGGGAUGACUAUAUGGGGGAUGAAGAAGACCGGGCUCGUCUCGAGCAGAUGACUGAAAAGGAGAGGGAGCAAGAGCUCUUUAACCGGAUAGAAAAGCGAGAAGUUCUUAAGAGACGUUUUGAUAUUAAGAAAAAACUAAAAACUGCAAAACGGAAAGAAAAGAAAGAAAAAAAGAAAAAGCACGAUGAGGAACAGGAGAAGAAAAAGCAGACGCAGAUCCUGGAGUCUCAGGCGCAGGUAACGUCGCAUAACAAAGAGAGGCGGUCAAAGAGGGAUGAGAAAUUGGACAAGAAAUCCCAAGCAAUGGAGGAGCUGCGGGCGGAGCGAGAGAAGAGGAAGAACAAGACUGCUGAGCUGAUAGCUCGGAAGCAGCCUCUGAAGACAAGUGAAGUGUACUCUGAUGACGAGGAGGAGGAGGAAGAUGAUAAAUCUAGCGAGAAGAGUGAUCGUUCCUCCAGAUCUUCGUCAUCCUCUGACGAAGAGGAAGAAAAAGAAGAAAUUCCUCCAAAGUCUUUACCAGUUUCAUUGCCUGAAGAACUUAAUAAAGUUAGAUUAUCGCGGCAUAAAUUGGAACGGUGGUGCCACAUGCCCUUUUUUGCUAAGACUGUAUCUGGUUGUUAUGUACGUAUAGGAAUUGGCAACCAUAACAGCAAGCCAGUAUACAGGGUAGCAGAGAUUACUGGCGUGGUAGAAACAGGGAAGGUUUACCAGUUGGGUAGUACACGAACAAAUAAAGGUCUACAGCUAAGACACGGCAGUGACCAGAGAGUAUUUCGCCUGGAAUUUGUCUCUAAUCAAGAAUUUACGGAGAGCGAGUUCAUGAAGUGGAAAGAAGCGAUGUUCUCGGCUAGUAUGCAGCUCCCAACGCUAGAUGAGAUAAACAAGAAAGAGGUGACUAUUAAAGAGGCAAUGAACUAUAAAUUCAAUGACCAGGACAUUGAAGAGAUUGUAAAAGAAAAAGAACGGUUUAGAAAAGCUCCUCCCAACUAUGCCAUGAAAAAAACGCAGCUUUUGAAAGAUAAGGCAAUGGCAGAGGAAGCUGGAGACCAGGACCGAGCAAAGGAAAUUCAAGACCAGAUGAAUGAACUAGAAGAGAGGGCUGAGGCUCUGGAUCGUCAGCGGACAAAGAACAUUUCUGCUAUUAGUUAUAUAAAUCAGCGGAACAGAGAGUGGAACAUAGUGGAGUCUGAGAAAGCUUUAGUGGCCGAGAGCCAGAGUAUGAAGCAGCAACAGAUGGAUCCUUUCACCAGGAGGCAGUGUAAACCCACUAUGGUGUCCAAUUCCAGAGAUCCAGCCGUCCAAGCGGCCAUAAUUGCUCAGCUAAAUGCAAAGUACGGGUCAGACGGUAACAUGGAUACAUCUAAAGAUAAAGGAAUGACUCAAAGCAAAGAUAAGGACGGCAACCCCAAAUCAACCAGUGAUCUCUCAGAGGACUUGUUUAAAGUGCAUGACUUUGAUGUUAAAAUUGAUUUGCAAGUCCCCAGUUCAGAAUCCAAGUCCCUUGCCAUCUCCUCAAAGGCCCCCGCUGCCAAGGAUGGAGCACCAAGAAGGUCUUUGAAUCUGGAGGACUAUAAGAAAAGGAGAGGACUUAUCUAAGCUGGACCAGCCUGUUGCUUCUCACCUUGCAUGCUCCAUUGUGCCCCAACUUCUUUCCUUCCUCCAUGUAUUUGUUUGCCUUCAGUGGCCUGGAGCGGCAACAGAGCUAAAAGUAGACUGAAGUAUAAAUAAAGUGAAACCUAAACCAACUGACUACUGUAUAGAACUUGACACCACGUCCAUUCUCCUUUGCCCCUUCUAUGUGGAUUUGUGAUUUUUUUCUUUUUUUUCUUUUUUGAGUUGUCUAUUAUAUUUUUUGUAUUUUUAAGAAGCCUGAUCUCGUCAUGCUCAGUAUUACAAAUUAUUUCCGUGGUCUGCAGUGAACAGAACAGAGACUGCAUAAACACCCUAUGGGUUAACAAAUCCUCUUUAUACGAGGUCACCCAGUUCCAUGUUUUAAGAGAAAACUGCACUUUCUUAUCCUCGGAGAAGUCCUGGGGAACAUGGCAUUGUAUUUGUGUUGUUACUGGGGGGGGAGGGGGGUGGGUGAGAACAAAAUUGGUUUAUUUUUUAUUUUGGUGGGUGGGGGGUUUACGUUGGUAUUUUUCCCCACUUUUGUUUUUAAGCUGCGGUCCUCACUGUUUAUGGCUGUUUGGAUAUCAUUCAACUGUAAAGGAAGAAACUCAUUAAAUAAUUCUUCGUAUGAAAUGUGGAUCGUUUAGUGGUGGCUGUAAUAUGUUUUAUUAUUGGGAUUAUGAAUCUUUUUUAUUUAUUUUUUCCAACUGGGCCCAUUUUAUGACCACAAAUGUACUUUCAGUUUACUAUUGUAUAAAAGUAAUCUGUUUUUCUAAAUUGUAAAGGGUGUUAUAUUUACAUUGUGAUUUAUUCCUUUGUAACCCCCCCUUCACCUUAAUCUUAACACGUAUACUAACAGUGAAAUGUGGGGGGGGGGGUUUGGGGUUGCCAUGGAGUAGUUUCAAAGAAAUGACAUAAGGUGAGAGAAUAUGCUUAUUUCUUCUUCAGACUCCGUGUCACGGCUGACAUACCAGAUUUACCCACACAAUCAAGUAUGAGGGUGUUUGACGAACCGAUCAAGCACAUAUCUUAUGCAGAUAAAAAGCUAUUUAUUGAUCCAUAGCUGGAGGAUUCUUUCCAAAUGCAGCAUAUUCUGCCAUCAUGAGAAUAUUUGGAAGAAGUAUGAAGUAAUACCUUUGCAGAGCUCAUCUACUGAAGCCCAUGCCCUGUGAGCCCGGGAGGGUUCUAAUGCUCUUAUGGAAAGUGCCUUCACUAUCUAUGGCACCUGGCAUCCUUUUAUGAGCCUGUGAGAUGACUUCCAAAACCACACUUGCAUGUGACCUGGGUAAGGAGCUGGACUGUGAUGGGAAUCUUCAGGGAGUACAAAGAUUAUUGGUGUUGCUGAUAUCCAUUGGUCUGGAAGAUGUCAAAUUUGUUACAGCAUGUGCAGUUAUACUUCCAUCCCUCUGCCUUGUUCAGAGCUACUGAAGAAGUAACAUGGAUUGGUUGUUAUGAAACUUGGAGACUACUUUAGGCAAGAGUGCAGUAGUCGUUCAUAGCACAACUGAGUGCAUGUUCAGAAAUGGUUCCUUGUCCUAUACAGCAUGAUGUUCUAGUCUUCUAGCAUAUGAGAGAUUACUUUGUGUGAGUCAUCCGAGUUAUACUUUAUGUAAUGGUUCUGAUGUUAGAACUUCUAAAACACGAUUGAGAUCCCAAGGUGCCUCAUUGACACAUCUGUAAUCAAAUAUUGCAUCCAUGCUGUUACCUAAAAUGUACUAAGGGCAAGUCUUUCUGGAAACCUUCCUAACCAAAGUCUAAUGUUUUAGGUAUGUUAGUACCCAGUGUUUCUAUAGAUUUGGGUUUGAACCAGUAUAUACUGUAAGCUCGGUUAUAUGCUUUGGAAAAAUUGUUUUCCUUGAUGUAGUAAUAUUUCAGUGACCUUAUUAAACAUAAGGACAACAUAUAUCUCCACAACAUCAUAAAUUACUGUAAAUAGAAAAAGAACAUUCAGUUGAUGGAGGCAUUAAAGGGCAAGGAGAUAGUGUUGUAUGGUUGCCCUGUGUUUCAAGGGUUUAAUUAACAAUUUUGCUGAAUUGUUGAGUCAUAUACAAUAAAUAUACCAUAUUUGUGUGCUAGCAACGGCAAAAGAGGGAAUGUGAGUUCCAAUUUGUUAAUUGACAAGUGCCUGCUGCAGAGAUAUGGAGGAUGAACUUAGGUUGACAUUUUACGGUGUCCAGAGGAGCCAUUAGCAGCAAAUAGUAGUAAUUACUGGAAUAUCAAUAAGAAUGAGUAUGUUGGGUUUCUCCACGCAGACCACAAUAGUCCAAUAGUUUGGGACAAGCCCAUGAAAUAUGUAGCAAGGUUCCAGGAACUAAGCACCCUCUCCCACACACAGGGCGGUAUUCAAAUGAUAUCACGCCCAAUCUCCUUUCUAAAGUGAUUCCCACAUAUUGCACCCAUAGUAAUCAGGUUUAACUACAUAAAUGGUUGGGCGCCCUCAAUACCCCGGGGGUAGUGAGCUGAGAUGAUUAUACCACGCCCAUCAUCAGAAACAGAAUGGGUGUGGAAGGGGGUAAAAAGAAUUGAAUACCGGCCAUAGAGGUCUAAAAAGCUGUUCCUGAUAACACAGAGGUUAUCAGGAGGACUUUAUAGACUGGAUGGAGCAUAGUAUUAACAAUGCAAAAGCUUAAGAGUGUUUUCAUUGAUAAUGUAUAUGGUGCUUGAAUAGGUAGGCACCAAGAUUUUAGCUCAUUGUCUGUAGGUUCAUCAAUGUACAACUCCAAUGUAAUUCAUGGGGUCCCAGAGACAGAAAUUUUGCAUACAGUAUAGAGACAAGUCCAUGAGUGGAAACCUUUUUACAAAGGUAUUCAAAUGUGGGAAGGUGUCUUAUGACUGGAGAGGGCAUUUGGAAUAUGUGAAAAUCCCUAAUCUGCUAGCGGCCAAUCUCUGUUAAUGACCUGAUUUGUAAAUCCCAAAACCAGACAUUCGUUUAGGGGACACCUCUCCCUUUGACUUAUCUGGCUAGGAAAUAGAGAAGGCCUUUCUGAGAGCUUAUGGAAAUGUCAAUCAGUGCUUUGGUUAAAACCUCCUCCUCUGUAAAAACCUGAACUAGGGGCAAGGGAAAGUGUGUACCUAGGGGGCUAUUAAGAGUUGUUAGCACUGCAUUUUAGGUUUCAGUUUGACCACACCCCACCCAAAUGUAACUCUCUCUACACAUGUUACAUCGGCCCUUCCUGCAGUGCAACAUGGUUUUGCCUAAUUGGUAAUUUUAUGGGUUUGCUAACUACUCUGAAUACUGCCCCCCAUCCCCGAAUGGUCAACUAAUUUGUAUGAAUGCUAGAAGGUGGGGGCUAGGAGCCAUCCUCAGGGGCAAGAAUUAGCAGCUCCCAGCACAGAGUCUGUCAGACUAGCAUCUGCCGAACGUUUCCCAUGCGACUCCUUUCAUGGCAGAGUCCUUGCCCUGUUAAGUAAGUUAGUGAUUCUGAUUUAUUUUCAUUUUUGUUUUCAUGAGAAUAACUUGCUUAUAUAUUAAUGUGUCCUUUUGGUAUCUCUUGUUUAAGCAUUGGUUGUAAUUCGUUGUCAGAUUAAAAAGUUAUUAAUUAUUA